GAUGAAGAGGAUGAGAGGAGCGUUGAAAAACUGAGGCUUGUGCUUUUUAUUUUCUGUUCCGCACUGAUCAUAUUAUUCACUGCCAGCGCCAUCAUUUAUGUCCGUCGACGUGGCUACAUCUUCAAGCUUUACAAAAAACGUAUUGCUAAACUUGUGGCUGGAAAGCAACAGGAGCUCGAUCCUGAUCGAUUCCUGUACGACGUGUAUCUUUGUUUCAGUUCCAGUGAUAUUAAGUGGGUAGAAAGAGCGCUGUUGAAGAGGCUCGACUCUCAGUUC